GAGGGGAGUCGUUACCUUCUCGCCAUUCUCCUCCUCCGCCCCCGGCCCACCUCUCCUUCCUCGCGCCUUCCUCGCUCGCCGCCCGCCGCCGGCGAUUUAAGAGCUGCCCGCCCAAACCCUACCUCGGGAACCCUACCGCGCGACGUGAGCCGGGCUAAUCCCCCCACCCACACUUCGCUUCUGUCGCGAUGUCGCUCGAAAUCCAUGAAGAGGACGGAGGAGGGGCCGGGACGGCGCCGGUGAAGGUGAUGACGGUGUCGGGGAGCGGGAAGCGGGGGCGGUACGUGCGGCAGGUGACGGGGCGGCACAACGACACCGACCUGCACGUGGCUGCCCGCGGAGGGGACGCCGGGGCGCUGCGCCGCGCGCUGGACGAGGCCGCGGCGGCCGUGGCCACGGGGGAGGGGAGGGAGGCGCUGGAGGAGGUCCGUCGGGCUGUGGCGGCGGAGCCCAACGAGGCCGGGGAGACGCCGCUCGUCGCCGCGGCGGAGAGGGGGCACCUGGAGGUGGUAAUGGAGCUGCUUAGGCACCUGGACGCUGAGGGCGUCGCCGCGAAGAACAGGUCGGGGUACGAUGCGCUGCACGUCGCGGCGAGAGAAGGGCAUCAUGCUGUUAUGCAGGAAAUAUUACUUCACAAUAGGUUGCUUGCCAAAACCUUUGGACCUGCAAAUACUACUCCUCUUAUAUCAGCAGCAACAAGGGGCCAUAUCGAAGUGGUCAAGUUGUUACUAGAAAUAGAUGAUUUUGGAUUGGUGGAAAUGGCCAAAGAUAAUGGAAAAAAUGCCUUGCAUUUUGCUGCUCGACAAGGGCACGUUGAAAUUGUUAAAGCAUUACUUGAGAAAGAUCCUCAGCUACCAAGAAGGAAUGACAAGAAAGGUCAAACUGCCUUGCAUAUGGCUGUAAAAGGAACAAACUGUGAUGUGCUCAGAGCACUUGUCGAUGCUGAUCCAGCAAUUGUAAUGCUGCCAGACAAAAAUGGAAACACUGCUUUGCAUGUAGCAACAAGGAAAAAGCGAGCAGAGAUAGUUGCUGUUCUCUUGCGGUUACCAGAUACCCAUGUCAAUGCACUGACCAGAGACCACAAGACUGCCUAUGAUAUAGCUGAAGGCUUGCCACUAUGUGAGGAAUCUUCUGAAAUAAAGGAUAUUUUAACUCAGCAUGGCGCACUAAGAUCCAGGGAGCUGAAUCAGCCUCGAGAUGAACUCCGAAAAACAGUGACGGAGAUCAAAAAAGAUGUCCACACACAGCUGGAACAGACGAGAAAGACAAACAAAAAUGUGCAUGGAAUUGCUAAGGAACUCAGAAAGUUGCACAGAGAAGGCAUCAAUAAUGCAACAAACUCAGUAACUGUUGUUGCAGUACUUUUUGCUACGGUAGCCUUUGCAGCCAUAUUCACUGUACCUGGUGGGAAUGCCAACAAUGGAGUUGCAAUUGUUGUUCAGACAGUCUCCUUUAGGAUUUUCUUCAUCUUUAAUGCCAUAGCUCUCUUUACAUCAUUGGCGGUGGUCGUAGUUCAGAUAACAGUUGUCAGGGGAGAAACUAAGUCUGAGCGGAAGGUUGUUGAGGUGAUCAACAAGCUUAUGUGGUUGGCAUCAGUUUGCACUACCAUUUCUUUCAUAGCCUCUUGCUAUAUUGUGCUAGGCCGCCAUUUCCAGUGGGCAGCUCUCCUGGUUAGUUUGAUAGGUGGUAUCAUAAUGACUGGUGUUCUUGGUACAAUGACAUACUAUGUGGUGAAAUCAAAGCGCAUAAGGAAGAUAAGAAAAAAAGAGAAGAUGUCAAGAAGAAGUGGGUCGAGCUCCUGGUAUGAUAAUACCGAGCUCUCAGAGACAGAGCUUAACCAAGUGUAUGCCUUGUAAGAGAAAGGUUAUCCUUGAUUCGGUCUGUCUCUGGAUUGAGUAUGUACAUGAAAAUUACAGAUAUACACAUUAACAGAUAACAUAGCUCACGUAUUUCUUGAUUUUACAAUUCCUACCUGUAUCAACCAAACCACUCAGAACUAAAUGGAAUACCAAUCGUUCAAUUGUUCAAAGCUUCAGUUGUUCCAUUUGCCAACUUUCUUGAGAAAUAUUAGAAUAUCUUUUUUGUUAUUCUUUUUGUGCCUACUUAUAGUCUGUGAUGCAUUCAUCAACUUUCAUGUCACAAUGUAGCAC